AUGCCCCGAAAGAAGCAAAAGGGUCCGGUUCGUGCCCGCGGUCCGUCUAAACCACAGACUACUUCACAAUCUAAGCCCAAGACCAAGGGAGCUGGGACCGAUGCACCUCAGAAGAAGGGACCGCUUCAAGCCAACCAGAGACCUAUUGUGCCUUUCUUGAGAGGAGAUCGGAUUUUAUUAGUUGGAGAGGGUGAUUUCUCAUUUGCCCGUUCCCUGGCAACACAAUACAAAUGUCACAAGCUAUACGCCACAUGCUACGACUCACGAGAAACACUCUUGGGGAAAUACCCACAAGCGGAGCAGAAUAUCCAAGAUAUCCUACAAGCACCCACAUCCAAAUCGAAGCCCAAAUCUACUUCAGAGCCAGAUUCAAAGUCAGAGACGGGGCUAGAGCCAGAGGAGCAAGAAACAGCCUUCAAAUCCACAGAUGAAAAACAAGGAACCCCCAAGAAAUCGUCAUCCACUGGCCCUAAGAUCCUCUACUCUGUAGAUGCCCGCAAACUAGGCUCUUCAGGAGGAGGAGGCAAGGAACUCAAAGCCGGAUAUCCGCGAAAAGAACGCAAACGACCAGCCUGGAAGAUCCAGCAAGAGCUACACGAAAUCCAGAAAGCACAACAGAAUGUGCGACAGUUGCUUAGACCCACGCUGGAAGUUAAGCCUGUGCAUACUGGAGUUUGGGAUGUGAUUUGCUUCAAUUUUCCCCAUGUGGGUGGGCUUUCUACGGAUGUUAAUCGGCAGGUUAGAGCGAAUCAGGAGCUUCUUGUGGGUUUCUUCAAGGCUUGUGUUCCUCUUCUUUCUUUAGCGCCGGAUGUUGUGGAUCCGGAUGAUGAUGAGUGGGAGGAGGGGGAGGAAGAGGAGGAAGAGGAGGAGGACGAAGAAGAAGAAGAGGAAGAUCAAAGUUCUGGGAAGCAGGUGAGGACUGGUCCGGGCCAGAUAUUGGUUUCACUUUUUGAGGCUGAGCCUUAUACUUUGUGGAAUAUCAAAGAUCUUGCUCGUCAUGCGGGAUUGCACGUCGUUACUAGUUUCCGGUUUCCCUGGACUUCUUAUGAGGGAUACUCGCAUGCAAGGACACUUGGAGAAGUUGAAGGAAAGAAUGGUGGGCGGGGUGGAUGGCGUGGAGAAGACCGGGAGGCUCGUAUGUAUGUUUUUGAGGUGAAAAAGGAGCCUGUCAAGUCGGACAAGAAGAGAUCUAGAGCCAAGGAUGAUUCGGAUAGCGAAUAG